AUGGUCGCCGCGGAUGUCGACGCACCGACCGUCCUCGUCAAAGUCCAGGGCGUCAACGGGACUCUCGCGGAGCCGGACGAGGAGGUGUCCCUAGAGGACAUCGACCCCAUCCUUGCCGUCUUCGCGAUCUGUCUUCGACUGGUGCUGAGUACCCCAGCGCUAUUCUGCCAGGAGGUCGGGGACGGCGAAGACCCCGACGCGGUUCUCACCUUCGGCAUCCACUACGAGGAUUGGCAUAGGGCGUUAUAUAUGCUUAAAAGCUCGCCACGGCAAGCCCGCCCUCAACCCGAAGCUCACCAAGAGACGCGCGAAACCGCAACCCUACCAUUCCUCGGUUACGCUGCUGCCGAAAGGCGGCCAGAGCAUAUUAGCGAGUUCGGAAAGGAGCAGGCCAAUGCCUUGGCCGCCCUCGAGAUGACACGAGAGCUCGCCUACCUCUAUCCCGGACUGAACGCCAGACCUAGAUGGCCCCCCGCCACGUCAUCGAACAGACGUUGA